AUAUGAUCCGAGCUAUGAUCCGAGAUCUACAAUUAACCAAUCAAAACGAACUUCUUCAAUGCUUUUGCGUCCUAAAGACACGUUCAAGUCGUGGAACUGGACGUGUGCAAAUAUUGUAGAACAUUAUCGCGAUAAGCUAGAACGAAAAGAUUGGGAAUAUGUACUUGAUAAAAUAAAGAAGGAUCUUCGAGACAUCACAGCUUCAGAAUCUGGGUUUAGCGUCAUGCACAAAAAGAAAGCUCAAGAAAUCCUUGACUGCUGGAAGCUGGGACUGCUAGUUGCCAGUGAUGAACUGCUUGUUCGACGCUUCCUUUUUGAGUGCAAACUGGGACUGCUAGUUGCCAGUGAUGAACUGCUUGUUCGACGCUCAUAUAUUUUGAUAAAUUUGUUUCCUAGUAUUAAAAAAUGGGCAAAGCCGAAUGAUAUAGGCCCCAAGUUUGAGUUUCAUCAGAUAGGACAGCAGGUGCUUGCGACCGGAAAUAAUGUUUCCAUUGAUAAUAUUGAUAAUCGACGUUUUACUGAAAAACAUCGCCGAGACCAUGAAGAGGAAGAAACUAUAGCACAGAAGAAAAAGAAGAGGCAAUUUACCGAACUAGUUGCAGACGCUGAAAACAAUCCGUUUUUUGAUAGAAGGGACCAAUCUGACACUCUUUCGGAUACUGAAAUUGUGCCCAGUUGCCCAGCAAUAAUCAAUGACGUUAUAGAACUAGAAUUGGGACCAUUGCCUCGAAAAGAGUCCAGAUGGUUCAUAAACGACACGGACGUCUCUGAGCGAUGGCAUUUAUUUAAGGAAAAAUCAUUAGAAUUGGCAAAUAGAGAAGGCCUUUUUGUAGAAAGCCAUACACAGCAAAUAUUGUCGCUAUCGCAUAUCCUUUUGCUUAAACCCAAACAACAUUGCCCGUUAAUAGUGGAAGUUUUUGGAGACGAGUUACUGGUAACGAUGUACGAGGAUAUCAUACAGAGACUUACCAAACAAGAAACAGAGUUUGAUAGUGAGUUAUUGAUGAAGCUUAUUCGCAUUGUUAAGCGCCUACAACGGAAGGAAAUCACAAGAGACGAUGCAGUUUCAGAACUGCAAAUUCUUACAGUUGGCCGUUCUUGUGGAGAACGCGCAAUUUUGAGGGCCAUAAGAAACAUUAUCGAAAGAGUUCCAAGACUCACACUUAAAGGCCCCGUUGGAGAGGUGGAACUGUGCAUCACUUAUAUUGACACAAUUCUUAGCCCGCUUUUUACGGAUCCUGAUCGCGGUACAUUUUUGCGAUGGUCAAAUAAAGAGGCUGUGGAGUCAAAGGCUAGAAAACCAGUCGGCAGAGCAAAACAACCAGAUGCUAUUAUCAAAGAAAUCGACCAGCUGUCUUGGAGCUUGAGCAAAGGACAUGGUGAAGCGAAAGUUCAAGAGGAGAUGAACAACCUUUACCUCCUUUGCACCGAUCUCAUCAGGAUAGCUGUAUUUAACAAAGAUGCGAUUGACUUUUAUAACAUGAAUUGUAUGCUCGGAUUUCAAGUUGUUGGGCAUCAUAUCACAUUCUAUCUCACAACUCUUUUGUGUGAUGCCUUAUAUGUUAUGAUAGAAGUUGGUCACAUUGAUGUGCCCAUGUCACUUGAACAAGUUCCUACUUUUCUCACCAGCCUUGAUACGCUUCUCAUCAUUUUCAAUGCAUAUUGGUCCAAUUGCACUAUGUCUACCGAAAAAAAAGAACCAAGCAAGCGUAGUACUCUUGCAACACCAAGUUUUAAAGAAAUGCCACUAGAAGAACCCAGAGAAGAACCAGAAGAUCUUCAAGAAAAAUUGGACGUAGAUAUGAAUGGGCCAGCAAAUUGUUUAGAUAUUAAUGGUGCCACAGAACCCAUCUCAGUUAUUUGGUCCAACUGGAUUCUCUGUCUCUCAACCACAAUUGUGGCAUCUUGUGAUGUAAAAUCUGCAGUUAAUCUUUCCAUAUGUGUGUCAAGUUCUGCAGCCAAAAAUGAUGCAAUUUUUGAAACAUUGAUCGAAGACAUCUAUAAUGGGAAAAAAAGAUUAUUAGUACGUUGUUUUGUUUUGAGAGAAUUAGCUGAAGGCUGGCAAAUGCCUAAUUUUUUUAUUGGUUAUUGUGAUUUAUUACUAAAAGCAAUUACAAAAUGGUUAGAAUAA